AUGAGCAGUGAAAAUGACAAAGACUGCCUCAUACCCUUGCCCACUAGACAUCUCGAAAGGCUCCUGAUCGGAGUUCAUUCCUCCAACAAGCGCACCACGCUCAAAGAAGCAAAUUGGAUUGCCAACAGCACGAUGGGAAAGACCAUCACCUUGUGGAAUACUCCUGAGGCGGUCUCAUCUUAUGGUCCAGAAUGUGAAACUAUGGCAGAAGUCCAGGUCACAAACAGAUUCCUGAACAUAGCGACCGGGCCCGAUCAAUCCCCGGGCCCGGAAGCCUGCUUGAUCUCCCCGCCUCCGAGCGACAUCCUCCCUACCAUCGGCGGUGGAGGCACGGUCAAGAGGCAUGAUAAGCCUCGCAUCAACCUGGCAGCGAUGCGCAAUGUGUCGCUGGUUAGUACUGACCUCCGGUUUGCCACGCUGACUAACCCGUCGAGGCGCAUGGCGCGCGCAACAAUGGAUGCUGCCGGAGCGCGCAAGCUCCAGUCCCUUGGAGGCGCGAGCUUCAGUACGCACGCCAAGCAUCAGAAGGCGGCCGACGAGGCGAGAGAGAAGUCGCAGCGCAGAGAGGACGAGGAUGACGGCAUGGUUGAGGGCCCCAGCAACGACGGCCCCGGUACCGAGAAUACAAGGACAGUUCAAAGUCUCGUCUGCCAACUUUUGAUCAUCUACAAGCUGUUCCCGUCGUCUUCCCUGCGGGAGCAGUUCACUCCAACCAAGUCGGAUGCCGAGCUUGCGAAAGUGAUACAAGCAGGCCAGCCUUCCUUGAUUUUAUCAAUAUCCAUCCCCGAGCUCUUCUAUCGAUGCUGA